AUGAUAACUCGGAGCCAGGUCAGGCCGAUACGACCGUCACGCACGGCGCAGGACGUGCCAGGAUCUCAAAAGUCGGGUCUGACAACUUCAUUACUGGCGACAGCUUUCCUCUGCCUUCUGGUGGCAACUGUCAACUGGCCUCGUCGGUGGCUAUCCUCGGGCUGCGCUGUCGAGUCCCUAAUCCUCGUCUAUGGCGCCGGUUCUGGGACACGCAUAUUCCGCGACAUUCCCUUGUGGACCCUGCUGGCCACUCUGAAUCUGACUUAUGCUAUUUGCUCAACAUCUUGGCUUCUUUUGGCUGCGUUUACAGCAGUGCUUUAUCCUUGUAUCGGCUUCACUUGCCUGUUCCAGUUCACCAUCGUUGCCAAUGCCGCACGGAAGGGUCUGCGGAGGCUCCUGAAGCAACUGCAUUUCACCAGAGACAAGAUCGCAAUCUUCAACUUACCAGCGCUUGAGAUCAACACCGAUGUGGAAGGCCUUCUGGUCGUGCGUGGGCUCACUAUUGAGCUCUCGAGUUUGACAGUCGUGGCGCAUGGGAUAGAAUUGGGCUUGAAACUCGCAUCGGACAUUGAGCUUGCUCUUCAUGUUGACCGUGUCACGAUCCCACUGCUUAGAGGGAUAGAGAUCGGGGACGUCUUCGGGAAUGUGAAAGGAGGAACAGAGAUGACUUUCGCUGACAUCGAACCCGACACUGAUGAAGCGGACGACGAGAGCAUCUUCAUCAACGAUACACCCCUGCUACGGUCGGCGACGGCAGGAUCGAUAGGUUUACAGGAGAGGCCCCGCCUGCGAGAUUCCUUGACUGGCGGCUCCUAUAUAAAGGACUCUUCCGCCCAACAGAGCAUGGACUCCGUCACUACGCUGUCUCCAGACGAUGAGCACGCGCUGAAGCAAUAUCAAGACAUCCUAACCGAGAUUCGUACUUCGGGCCUCAUCUACCAGACUCGAGCAAAAGUCCGGCAAGAUGCCCUCAAUGGCGCUGGUCUCGAUACCACCGACGAGAGUGUCUUGAGAGCAGCGAUUUGCGCCGAGCUACAAGAGCUUCCGUCCGUUCCUCACCCGCCACAGCGCAGCAUCAAAGUCACAACUCUGCAGAACCUCUCAAGCCCAAAGGCGCGGCGUUUCUUGCAUCGUCUGCCCUUCUUGCUACGGUUGCUCUUGAUGCCGCUGAGCUACUUCCACCCUAUAAGCAUCGAAUCCGUCAGUACUGCUGGCUCCGGAAAGUGGCUCAAAGCACUACUCCAGGCGCAGAUCUUCAAGCAGUACACCGCACAAAGCCGCGAAUUGGCACGACUGGAGCGCAAGCUCUCAACUUGGCUGGCGGAUGCGAACUUUUGUCUGCAACUGACGGAAAUUUCUGGACAAGCACAAGUCCCGUUGAGCACCAAUUACAACAUUGAGACACACCUGAGGAUCUCCGAGAUCAUCGCCCAUCGAUCCGUGCAUGAGUCUGGUCUCGUCAACCAAAUCCUCAGACUUGGAGGCGCUGACGCCAUCAUCGCGCUACCCUCCUUCCUCCUGCCUCAUCACGAGCACCUGCUGCCCCCACCGCCCACCAAGGAAGACGAACAAAGGCUCGCCGAAGCCACCGAACAGGCCGACAGCAUCCCCAAAACGCUCCAGGCCGAGCGAGACCUAACCCUCCUUUCGCGAGACGAGACCACCAUGAAUAUCAGCGUCCACGGCCGCCUCCCCGUCGUCUUCGACCAGUCCCUCCUGAAUUUCGUCGCCGCACUCGUCAAAGCCACCAAAGUCGUCGAGUUCGAGAAGGAAGUCGACACUAUCCAAGCCCAAGACGAGCAUCGGCCAGGUUCAGCUGCAGGAGCAGCAGAGUCGCCUUCCAUCGCCUCGCCAACGACCCCCGUAGACAGCGACGUCGAAUCCGUCGCGGCAGCAACCAUCUCAACCAGCAGCAGCAACGCGACCUUCAAGGAGUUCUCGCGCAAGACGUUGCGUGGUCUAAGGGACGGGACGGCGAAAGAGGCGAUGCGCAUCCUGGCGCGAGAUCUCAACCAAACCACGCGCGACGGCAUGAAGAAGGCCGUUGUCGGGAGCAUAGUGAACGAUCGGUGGAUUGCGAAGAUCGUCGGCAGGAUCGCGGCGACCAUGGAGCAGGUGCAGGGUGACGUGGGCUACUCGGGCGAUGUGCCGGUGCCGUUGGCCCCGUAUCGGCCGGCCGGGCAUUUGCCUUCUAAGCUGUUGCCAUGA